AUGCGUGCUGCACUUAUGUGGACCAUAAGUGAUUUCCCAGAAUUUUCGAUGUUGUCCGGAUGGAGCACUGCAGGUAGAAGAGCUUGUCCCUACUGUAAGGAUGAUUCAGAUGCAUUUACUUUAACAAGAGGGGGGAAACAGUCAUGGUUUGAUAAUCAUCGCAAAUUCUUGCCUCCUAAUCAUCCAUUUAGAAAGAACAAGAAUGCUUUCAUUAAAAAUAAAAUGGUUACAAAAGUGGCUCCUGCAAUCCAAACUAGUGAAGAAAUCUUUAAAGAAAUACAAGAUCUGAAGUUAAAAAGGGUCAUGGAUACUGGUGCGUAUGAGACCAAUAGUCGCAUUGCUAAGACUACCGGUUGGAGAAAACGUAGCAUUUUUUUGGAUUUACCCUAUUGGCGAACAAAUCUAAUCCGUCACAAUCUUGAUGUUAUGCAUAUUGAGAAAAAUGUGUUUGAGAACAUAUUUAAUACUGUGAUGAAUGUCGAAGGGAAGACGAAAGAUAAUGCUAAAUCAAGAGAAGAUUUGAAAGAAUUCUGUUCUCGGCCUGAGUUAGAAAGAGUUGUUGCUACUGGGAAAUAUCCUAAACCAUGUAUUGACAUGCGAAAGCUGAAGCUUUUUGGUAUGAAAAGCCAUGAUUGUCAUGUCUUUAUGCAAAGGUUACUUCCAAUAGCAUUCAGGAAACUGCUUCCAUCAGGUGUUUGGAGGGCAUUAACAGAAUUGAGUAAUUUUUUCAAGGAGCUCACUUCAACUGUAAUCCGAGAAGAGGAUAUGCUUCGGCUUAAUGAAGAAAUUCCUUUAAUCCUCUGUAAGCUUGAGCGUAUAUUUCCUCCAAGUUUUUUUGAUUCAAUGGAACAUCUUCCUGUGCACUUGGCUUAUGAAGCAUGGAUAGCUGGUCCAGUACAAUAUCGGUGGAUGUAUCCAUUUGAAAGGAAUAAAGCUAAAGUAGAAGGCUCCAUAUGUAAUGCCUACUUAGUCGAGGAAGCUUCAUUAUUCUGCGCACAUUAUUUCGAACCACAUGUGAAGGCAAGACUUCAGAAGAUGCCACGUAAUGUAGACAUUGAAGAAGAUAUAAUAGAAUGGCCUGGAAAUUUAUCAAUUUUCACACGUCCUGGAAGGACAUUAGGAAGAUCAAGAAUCAAGUAUCUUUCAGAAGAAGAAUAUUCGGCGGCACAGAUAUACAUUUUAUUAAAUUGUCCAGAAGUGCAACCAUUCAUAAAUAUCUAUGUCGAUGAGUUACGUUCAAUGUUUCCGCAAAUUGAAGAUAGACACGUUGAUGAGAAAUUAGAACAUGAUUUUGCAAUAUGGUUUUAUAAUUUUGCACAUGAUCCUUCUAAAAAUAUUUCCAAUCAAGUCUUGAAGGACUUAUCAAAAGGACCAUUGAGAAGCUAUAAAUGUUACAGUGGAUGCAUAGUGAAUGGUUAUAAAUUUCAUACAACAAGUCACAAUUCAGAUAGCACAAUAAUGAAUAGUUGUGUGUGCAUAAAGGGUGCAAACUAUGCUACAGAUGAAAAUGACUACUACGACCAAUUAAGGGAGGUUGUAUGCUUAGAGUACCCAGGAUUACAAAUCAAGCGAACCAUUUUGUUUAAAUGUGGUUGGUUUGAUCCAACACCGAACACAGGAACAAAAUGUCAUUUGCAAUAUAAGCUAGUGGACGUCAACCAUAAGCGGUUCUUCAAGAAAUAUGAACCUUUUGUUCUUGCUGUUCAAGUAACACAAGUUAAUUAUACAACGUACCCUAGCUUAAAGCGUAACAAAGUUGAUUGGUGGGCAGUAUUCAAAGUAAAAGCUAGAUCCAUUAUAGAGCUUCCUAAACAAGUUCCUGAGACAACCUCAGUAUCAUAUGAAGCACCUUUUCAACAAGAUGAAAUGGAAGCCCCUUUGAUACACAUCAAUGAUUUUGACAUAGAACAAUCUCUAAAUGAUCCAAAUGGGGCAGAUAUUGAAAUAGCUGAUGAAGAAAUAGAGAGUGAAGAGGAGCCUCUAAUUGAAUUAGAAAGUAAUGAUGAAGGGGAUGAACAUGAUGAAUUUGCAGAAUUUGAAAGCGAUAGUUAA